AUGGGUAAUGGAUGUAAAAAAAUAGUUAGAACUAGAGCUAAUAAAUACUCUUUUGAAGAAUAUGAUGAAUACUUUGGUUUUAUGAAAGAUAAUAAUUCACGUAGAAAUAGUUUGAAUAAUUAUAAUAAUGUAUGUACUAAUGAAUUAUAUAAAGAGACAAUAAUAAAAGAAGAUAAAGGUUCAGUAAAUCAUGAUGAUUAUUAUUUUGAAAGGAGUGGAUCAUUUGCCAAUUCUGAUGAUAUCUACUACAUAAUAGAAAAUGAAAAAAAAAUAAUGUUAAGAAAAGUUGAUAAUUCAGAUGUAGAAAAUUUUCUUAUAAUAAAAAAACGUAUAGAAUUGAAAAAAAAUACAAAUUUCUAUAAAAAUAAGAAAAAAAAAAGCUUAAAUGAUGAAAAAAACUUUCCAUUAUCAUAUAAAGAUGAAGAUUAUAUGCAACUAUCAUUGCUUAACAGAGAUAAAAAUAUUCAAUCGCAUAUAAAAAAUUCGGAGGCGGAAACAUGGUGUAGUUCGUCAAGUGAUAUUUUAGAAGAAGAUGAUAAGUAUAAUAUGUUAACAAAAGAUAGUAAUUAUGAAUUAGAGGAAAAUAAAAAAAAUGACUAUUAUUGUGAUUUUAAAUUAAAUAAUCAGAUUAAUUCAUUGAAUUCUAAUGAAAUAUAUUCCAAUAAUAUGGUUAAUAAAAAUAUAAAAGAGAAUAAUUAA